UAAUGCUCUUUGAAAAGGUUGGUUGAAAAUGUUUGGUAUUUAGAGCAGACCAAAUUUCGGUUUUGAGACAGAACCGGAUCCAUAUUGUUGUAAUGUUGUUCCACGAUAACCAGAGGGUGUGAAACCCAUAAGCUUGUACCGGUUUUGAAAGAAUCAAGACCAAAUUUCGAUUCUUUAUGCGAUUUAGGGUUUCACGAGUGAAUAAAAAAAUGUAAAGCUCUCAAUCAAUCGAGACCUGAGUGAGUGAGUGAGUGAGUGAGUUGAGAGAUCAUUAUGUGUUCUCUGAUACUCCAUGGAAGAAGGUUGGUCCAGUUACAGAAAUGGUGUCAUUUGAGUUUUUCAGUGCAAAAGGCUUCUUCUUUUUCCACUGUGAGCACUAAAGAUUGUCGAAAAGGGGAGAUUUUUACGAUCUCUUACAGUUACCUCGUUGAUUCUCUUGGUUUAACUAGAAAGCUCGCAGAAUCAAUCUCCGAGGGCAAGGCAAAUCCUGAGUCAGUUCUGAGUCUUUUGACUAGUCAUGGGUUCACAGAUUCUCAGAUCUCCAGCAUCAUUACGAUUUAUCCACGAUUGUUUUUAUUAGAUGCUAAGAAAUCACUUGCUCCCAAGCUUAAGUUUUUGCAGUCCAGAGGAGCUUCAAGCUCUGAGCUCACCGAGAUUGUUUCAAAGGUUCCGGAAAUAUUGGCAAAGAAAGGAGACAAAACGCUAAGCAGAUACUAUGAUUUCGUCAAAGUCAUUGUUGAAGCAGAUAAGAGUUCCAAUUACGACAAGUUAUGUCAUUCUUUGCCUGUGGGUAAUCUAGAGAAUAAAAUCCGGAAUAUAUCGGUUUUAAGAGAACUCGGUGUGCCUCAGAGGUUGUUAUUCCCCUUGCUUAUCUCUAGUGGGGGACCUGUCAAUGGGAAAGAAAGGUUUGGAGAAUCAAUUAAGAAGCUUGUUGAGAUGGGUUUUGAUCCGACCACUACAAAGUUUGUUAAAGCUCUGCGCAUUGUUCAAGGAUUAAGCGCAAAAACAAUAGAAGAAAAAGCCAAUCUUUAUAAAAGUUUAGGCUUUGAUGAUGUAUGGGAAAUUUUCAACAAAUAUCCAAUCUUUCUGGCGCUCUCUGAGAAGAACAUAUUGAACUCUGUAGAAACAUUCCUAGGUCUAGGAUUCAGCAGAGAUGAAUUUGCAAAUAUGGUCAAGAGCUUUCCUCAGGGCAUUGGAUUAUCCGCAGAGACGGUUAAAAAGAAGACCGAAUUUCUGGUGAAGAAGAUGAAUUGGCCGCUAAAGGCCCUGGUUUUAAACCCUGCGGUACUUGGAUACAACAUGGAGAAGAGGAUUGUACCAAGGUGUAACGUAAUUAAAGCUCUCAUGUCCAAAGGACUGCUCGGAGACACAGGAAGCAAACUCCCUCCAAUCGGGUCUGUUUUGAAGAGUACCAAUCAGGUCUUCUUUAAGAGGUAUGUGAUCAAGCACAAUGACAAGAAGCUUGUGGCUGAGUUGAUGACAAUCCUCACUGGAGAUCGUGCUUCGUAGAUCAGAAGGCUUGUCAUAGGAUUUAAUUGUUAGUUUCUGGUUCGUUGGUGAAUCUUUUGUCGUUGAAGAAGAGCUUUAAUCUGUGUGUUUGAAACAAACUAAUUUUGUGCUACACGUUUAGAAUUAAGGCUUCAAGAAUUAGAGAGAAAACACUGGCAAUUAUGGCCUUUGUAAACACAAUCUAAGGUAAUAUUAUUUCAGACAAAGGUAA